AUGCUCUCAGGUGACUACGUGCUUUCUCAGACUCCUGGCGGAAAGGAGACGCAGAAGCGAUUUCCUACCCACUUUCAAGACUACCCUGGGAAGCCUUCUUUCUUCGACGUCUACAGCCCCACUAUUCGCAGCUUGUACUCACAAGUCUUCUGGAAGGCAUUACCGCCAGUAGACCUGCCCAAGGAGAUCGUGCAACAGUUUGAUGGCAAAGGCAUGGCAGUAGUAGGUUUUGAGAUGGAUCAAGUACGCAGAACCAAAGAUGGCGAUGUAUCGGUUCCCAUCACUGUGGCUUACAACCACCAUUUUGAGAGCACCAUGGUUGGAAAGCGCGCUGCUUUCGAGAACGCUCUCAUGCAAGGUCCUGGAGACCCCCGCAUUCCUCAGAAGCAUGGGCACGGAGCCAGCUCAGCAUGGAAACCAGGGAAGCACGAGUGGGUUGUUCGAGAGCGGGUGCCCGGCGAACUACCAUCGAGCCAGAGCUUUGGCGGCGCCAAUGGAGGUGAAUACCGCAAGAGCUUCCACGGCUACGCACCGAGCUUCGUGCAGGUCAUCGAGUCCCCAACUCAGAUUCAGAUCACACCGAUGCAGAUUGAUACCUGGAAUCGCGACAAGAUGAACAUCUCCCACCCGACACGCUUUGUACCUGGACCUGUGCCUAGGAGCAGCCUGGCACCGACCUCUGGACGUGACGCGCUCUAUUCCGGGCUUCUUGAAUGCCCGGUCACGACGCGGAUUCUGAAGCAUGCGCUUUGGCAUGAAGAUGGCUUGGCCUUGGGGAUUUGGAUGGUUGUCUUGGGGGUGCCCGGUGAGGCAGUCGUCCGAUUGGGCGGCAAAAAGUGUGAACGGUCCCCGGCGUCAGGUGAAGAGUGCCUGGCUUUGGCUGAGUCGGCCCUCUUCGAUGAGCGACGGCGCUUUUUGCUGGAUUCCUCAGCUCCUACGGUUACUGGCUGCUUCGCCUCAGCCGACUCUGAAGACCUGAACUUGGUCCGCGUUCACUUCAAGGCGGACCGCAGACAUGGCGGGCGGUCAGCACUGGAUCUGCGUCAGGACCUCCGCGGCAAAGCAGGUCUCUGUGGGGCAGAUGCGCAGAAGUUUGUAGGCGCCAGCAGCCCUUUGGUGAAUGUGUCUGUGGUCUUGGAUCUGACGAAGCAGCAAGCGCGCAUCUCUUUGGCUGGCCCUUCCUCCGCCUGGUUUGGGGUCGGCUUCAAUGCUGUAGCAAUGGCAGACCAACCUUGGUCCCUGAUUGUCGACGGGUCUGGCGCCGUCACGGAGAGAAAGCUGGGAGAUCACCAGCCCGGCCAGCUGCUGAAGCCAUCCAUUGUGGUGGAGGAGUCGAAGGUUGUUGGCAACCUCAGGACGGUCACGGUGACGCGGGCACUGAAAGGAGCUUCAGCAGAUUAUUAUUCGUUCAGCCCCUUCACGGAUGGAAGUGGCGAGCUGAACUUCAUCUGCGCAGUGGGUAGCACUCCCAACCUGUCCUACCACAGCCAGCGCACCCCUGGUCGUCUUAGCUUCCUUCCUCUGGGUGGCAGCGAGGGCGCCUGCAUUUGCCGAGGCGAACCUGUGCCGUUCGGGCAAGCCAAGGGCACCUUGGAAUAUCGGCCCACUGCGCAGCCGGAGGACCAGGGCACUGGCAGUGUAGGCUUCAACAACCGCUGUGCAGCACAGCCCAGGAGCGACCUGCUAGCCAUGCAGAACCCCACAUGUGACCUCCGUAACUACUCUGGAGGGCAGCUGGCUUGCCAUCACAUGUGGUCCUUGCUGGAUGCUGAUCAGGCCAUCCCAUGGCCAGAUCAGCCCCUGGAGUAUUCCCUGAAGUUCCGCUUCUGGGUCGAGGACUACAACAAGUCCUACCACACCAGCCUACGAAGAGUCACUUGGGGCAUUGCAUCCCCUGUGGAGUAUGAUGUGCCCAAAUGCGCAGAGGGUGUCAUGGGAUGCUCCAAAGACGAUCGAGGAAACUGGAUUCACACCAUCAAGGGCACCUUUACAGGUGGGGGUAGCCUUUCAGCCGCACACUUCCACUGUCACGCGCCUACCUGCUUGUCCAUGGCGCUCUACCGCUGCCCGAAGGAGACCAAGGUUUGUGACCAAAGCACUGGGGAACUCCUAUGCAUGGAGCGACCUGUGUAUGGCAAUGGCAGCUCCAGCGAUCGGUUUGCGGAGCUUGGCUACAUCCUGCAGCCUCCGUGCCUUUGGGGCAGCGAAGAGUUCGGCCUUGAGCCACCUCCCAGCGUCGAAGGCUUCGUCUUGGGCGCGAUCAAGACAUCAAACGCUACGUACGGCCACCACGGCGAGAUGGCUUGGCAUCAGAUGUAUGUCUUCGACGCGCCAACAGACACCGAACUGGUGUGA